UAUGUUUUAACUUUUUAAUUUUUUUUUAAUUUUUGUUUCGAUUUUGUUUACUUUUAAUGUAAAUCUAAAUAAUUUUAGAUAUUAAUCUUAAAAUUUUAAAGAGUAAUUAAUAUAGAAAUUUUCAUAACCAUCUCCUCUGAUAAUAACUUCUAUUGGUGUCUUGUUUAGCUGAAACAAGUGAUAAUAACAAUAAUUAAACUACUAUUUAUAUGUAUUAGUAAAAUAAUAUUUAUGUAUUUGUAAACGACUAAUCUUAUAUUAAACACUUUUAAACAAGUUUAGUUACAAGUUUAUGUUAUGUGUUGAUGUACCUACAAUAAAAAGAGUAUUAACAUUUUAAAAAAAUGUCAUAUCACCGGGCUGUUUGGUUGGAAGAAAAUUGUGAGGAAGAAGGAGUCUUGCCAUCCGCAUGGGUGCGGGGAAAAGUAGUUAUGUGGCCCCCAUCCAAAAUGAAUGCGUUUAAAUUAAUGAAAGAAGGAGUAGAACCUAAUGAAAAUUGGCGACUUUUUAAACUAAUAAAAAUAAAAAUUACUUCAGAUUGCUAUGAGGAUUGUAAUAAUUAUGAUUUAACUACAGAAACUGAAGAAGAUAAUCAGCAAGUUUCAAAAAAGCGCAAGCGUACUGCUUGUACAACUUUUUUUGAAGGCGAGGAAGAAGUUGAUGUUGAUAUUAAUACAGAAAUAAAACUAUAUACAUUUCCACAGCCACCUGCUAAAUUAGGCAAAAUGUUACCAUCAAAUAUUUCACUAUAUAAGAAGGUUGUGGAUGUGGUACCACAAGGAUAUAAAAGUGAUCAUGCAACUAAACUAUCACUAAUUCCACAGUCACCUGGUCUUUCAAGCUGUUAUUCUAAGAUACCUUCAUUCAAAUCAAGCAUGGUGACUAUACCAAAAGAAAAUAAAAUGGAUCAAUCAACUAACCAAUCAGCACUUUCUCCUUUUCUGUUACCCCGAAAAUUUGAUUCUAAAAUACCAAUAUUAAGACAGAGAGCUGCCACAUCAAAAGACAAUGUAAUAGAUCGAUCAAUGAAACUAUCAGCAUUAAAUAGAAAGUUUCAAGCAAACAUUAUACUGAGUGAGCCAACUGCUCCUCAAGAAAAUGAAAUCGAUAAUGGGAAGUUUCAGAGAAAAGUUCUUCAUCAGUUAUCAAAUAUGACUAACGAAAUUAAAGAUAUACGAAUAGCAGUGGAAAUGAUGGCCGUACCAAGUUUAGAGACUGUUGCUGAGGUCCAUCUAGAAGUUAUAGCUGGAGCUAUUGGGACCUUGAAUGGAUACAGAAAAUUAGAGGAGCAAUGUGGAGUUCUUGCUAAUCGAACAAUUCUACUUCGCCUUCUUUCACGAAUCGGAGGGUCAUCCAUUAAAGAUACUUCUAAGAAUCUAUUGAAAAGACUUUUUACAAAUUUUGUUAUGUCUCAUUUGAGUAUGAAUGGUAAAGGUUCUCUUAAAAAGCUUCCGUUUAGAAACUCUGCUCUGUGUCAACUUGUUGUUGAGUGUGUAUUGAAACGAUAUUCUGUCUUCUUUGUCCGAAAUACAUUCGUGCAUUGGUUCUCAUCUUAGAAUGGCUCCGUUUCGUUUAGGUGGCACUGGGAAAGGUGGCGCCCAUUUUUCCAAUUCUCAAGAUGGAGAGGCUGGCUUGAACGAUUCAAGCAAAGAUAAUGCUUAUUGUCAUGGAAGCGAUCAUGAUAAUGAUAAAUACGAUAAUUCAUAUUAUAAU